CAUUCACUUCUUAAGAGAUCAGAAUGUCUUGGCAAUCCUACGUAGAAACCCAGCUCAUUGAGAAGAAACUGACUCAAGGAGCAAUUGCAGGACUGGAUGGAAAUAUCUGGGCAAAGUCUACUGAUUUCAAUAUCACACCUGCUGAAAUGAAAACUAUACUGGACAAUUAUGAGAACUCGGGAACGUUGGCUACCUCUGGUAUAAAUCUAGCUGGAACUAAGUUUCUCUACAUCAGUGGAAACGAAGAGGUGCUGCGUGGUAAGAAAGGAAAGGGGGGAGUACACAUAAUGAAGACGAACCAGGCUGUUGUUGUUGGUGUAUACGAUGAGCCCCUGAGUGCUCCAGAAGCUGCUACUGUCACUGAAACAUUGGGUUCCUAUCUGAAAACCUGCGGUUAUUAAUCUAUUUGGUGUUUUAUAUUUUAACCUAUGUAAUAUAAAUAAAUGAUAUGAUAUUAGCA